UUGACUGGAGUAGUACAUAUGAUGUCAUGGUUGGAGAGUUGUGACAAUAGUAGUACUCGGAGUGGACAUUUUGAUUUUAGAAACGUGAUGGAAUUAUGGAACAAAUAGCCUAUAAAAGCUGACCGAACUAUCGAGCAAAAACGAUUGACCAUUAGCUUCACCUUCCCUUCCCAAUCCCGUCCCUUUCUCUGCUUGCGCUGCGCCUUCAUAUUUAUUUCCUUUGCCAUUGUCAUUGUACUCCACACUGCACCAAGCUAGCUAACACCCCAGACUUUGGAAUCUGCGCAAUAGGCUUCUUGAAUCUUGACUUUCCUAUGGACUCCAUUGAAGUUAACUUCAGCAUGCAGAGCCACACAGAGGUAAAACAAGGAGUCCACACCUACGUUGCUCAGUGGCCAAUUUCCUCUCUAGCAUGGUCAAUGCGGCGCGACAAAAACCCUCGUUUCGCCAUCGGUAGUUACUUGGAAGAAUACACCAACAAAGUGGAACUGGUCCACUUCAACUACGACACGUUCAACUUCACCACCGACCCUCGUUUAGUCCUCGACCACCCUUACGCGCCAACGAACAUCAUGUUCUUCCCCUCGGAGGACGACACGAAUCUCGACCUCAUCGCCACUUCAGGCGACAACCUAAGACUAUGGGAAAUCCACGAAGACCACAUUCAACUAAAGUCCCCACUGAUUGGUAACAAAGUUAGCGAUAACUCGGCUAUAACCUCGUUCGAUUGGGCUGUAUUUGACACGCGUCUGGUGGCCACUUCGAGCGUGGACACGACGUGCACGAUUUGGGACAUCGAAAGGGAAGCAAUGAAGGCGCAGUUGGUGGCACAUGACAAGGAAGUGUAUGACAUCUCAUGGGGCGGGUUUAAUGUUUUUGCGUCGGUUUCUGGGGAUGGUUCAGUGAGGGUGUUUGAUUUGAGGGACAAGGAGAAAUCGACGAUAAUUUAUGAGAAUCCGGUGCAGGAUUGUCCUUUGUUGCGUUUGGAGUGGAACAAGAAUGAUCCAAGGUUCAUGGGAACGGUUGGGUUGGACAGCAAUAAGGUGGUGAUAUUGGAUAUUAGGCUACCAACAACGCCGUAUAUGGAGUUGAGUAAACAUAGGACGUGUGUGAAUGCGAUAUCAUGGUCCCCUGAUUUUGGACGCCACUUGUGCUCUGUUAGUGAUGAUGCCAGGGCUUUCAUUUGGGAAGUCAUGGACUCGGGGUUUCCAUCAGGGAAUGGUUCCGAUGUGGAGCCUGUCAUGUGGUACGCUUCAUCUGCUGAAAUCAACCACGUGCGUUGGUCCCCGCUGCAGAUGGACUGGAUUGCCCUUGCUUUCUUCAACAACUUGCAGUUACUCAAAGUUUAACUUUUCUCUUCUUUUCUUUUUUCCUAUGCUUAUAUUACUACUGUCUUCAUUUUGGAACUUUCAUAUUCAAUAGAAAUAUUCAUUAUUUCUCAUCA